CAAAGACGCAGAAGGCACUCCUCCAAUGAAAAGGGUAUGGCGAAUUUAUUGACAAUAUUACUAGUUUUGCUGCUGAUCUCUGCAGUAGUUUAUAUCGAUGCAGGCAACUCAACUGCUGCAAACUUCACAACUAGUACUCCUGGAAGGGCGACUGAAAAAAACCCUACUACUGAAAGAACACCUUCCAAAAAUUCUACAAAAUGCUUGUCAAGCUUGAAUGAAAUAGAAGCUGAACUCUCUUCUAAAGUUCACUGGAGAAGUAUUUCAAGAGCUCUAUUCCCUCUAUUCCAACUACCGUCGUUGUACGUCAAAGUAACCCUACGACUGAUCAGUGAUGAAUUAAAUCAAAACGUUGAUAAAGUCAAAAAGUUUACUUGGGCUGAAAGUUGUGCCUUUGUGACCGACGUUUCUCUUGAAGCAGUGACUGCAUUCUCUUUGGGAACAGUAUGGCCACAGCGAAGGCAAACUGAAUUGGUGUUGACAGUCCAUGACUUGUGCAACGAGACAGUAUUUGAGGAAAAUGGUUUUAAAGAUGAAAACGAUAUGUGGAGAUACGCCCUUUUGACGUUGCAAGACAUUGCCAUCAUGCCUAAUUUAUCAGAUCCCCGAGUCAAUACAGCACAGUGUGUGGUGGCAGGUCAUGAAGGAGAUGCUGAUCAACCUAUUGUGUAUCCAGACUGGUACAACUGGAGAGGAAUAUGGAUAGUAGUAGCAUCUAUCCCAUUUACAAUUGCUUUUACUUGGUUUGCACUUAAUUGGUUAGCAGUUGAUGGUAAUCAUUCAGAAGAACAUUUAUCUAAAACGUUAAUAUUCACAUCUUAUGGCAUUUUGAUAUUGCCAAUAUUUGAAGGUAUAUACAUUACAAGUAAACAUAUCUACAUUGCAAGAGAUUUCAGUUUGUCAGGUAUUGUCUGUCAUUUCUUUCUCUUUUUGCUCUUUCUAUUGAUCAGUUUUGUUAUACAGUGUAUAACAACUGAUCCUAACCCUGAUCUUAACCCUAGACCUGUUAGGAAAUUACGUUGGGGAAAGUUUGUGGUUCUUCCAUGUAUUUAUCAGCUUGUUCACCAUUUGUUAUGGGUGUUGUGUGGUGGAAUUCCAGCUGAUCCUGCCUGGGCCAUUCCAUUGUUCUUAUGUGAAUGCUUUGUCGUACUGACACUUUUAUGUGCAAUAUAUUUAUCUCUCAAAAAUAGUGGAGUGAGGUGCCAUAUGUGCCAUAUGUCAAUUUUUGCAGUUGCAAUCUUGCUUGGCAUUUUCAUAUUGGCUAUUUCAUUUUAUGGCUGUAAUGUUGCUGUAUCAUUGACUGACAAUCUGUUGGUGGUUAUCAUGGUUGGUGCUUUGUUGUGGCUGUUUAAGAAUUCAGAUUUUGGUAGUGGUCUUGCAGGUAAUCAGGGAGGACAAAAUGCACCAGUUAGAAAUAUAAAUAAUGAUCAAGAGUUACAACCAAUGGUACAGUAACAGGCAUAAGAUUCUUAAUUUUUUCAUGAGUGCAACAAACAUACUGACCAUGGUAUAGUUUCAGUGUGUCACCAUGAAAGAUAGAAUCGAAUGAGCCUUGUGUCCAAGCGAGAUUGCAAAGACACUCCAAUAAGUUCUCAUACUCAUUAAUUAUUCAAUAUGAGGUAUCCAGCCAAUCCCUGAUUGUAAUUUGUACCACGUGAAGUAACUUGAAACCAGAGGA